GGUCCCGGGGCCCCUGUCCAGCCCACCCACCCUGCCCUGUCUUGCUGGAAUCCGAGGGCGGCGGGAACCCGAGGGCGGCCGGGGCCCGAGGGCGGUAGAACACGGGGGCGGCUGGGACCCGAGGGCGGUGGAACACGGGGAUGGCCGGAACCCGAGGGCGGUGGCCGCGGUUUCCUGCGAACAAGCAGGGACCGUUGAGCGCGGACACAGGACGUCGUGGCGCGAUCGGGACCGGCCGUGAUCUUUACUGAAUGACUGUCAUCCGCCAGAUCUUACCGUAGGCCCUGGGGAGACCACCGUGGCCAGAAUAGUCCAAGUUCUUCCUCUCUGGAGUUCCAGUUUAGUGCGGUGAGCUGAUACACAGGUCAGCACGUGGCUAGAGGAUUCAUCAGACCGUUAGAGUCAGGAAGACAACAGCAGGAUAAGGCUGUGUCACAACCUUGCUUUUCAGAGAAGUUAUCCCGAUUUACCUUCCCUUCAGGAGUGUGCUCUGCAAAGCCAGCAGAGAAGAUGACUGUGUUCUUUAAAACGCUUCGAAAUCACUGGAAGAAAACAACGGCUGGGGUCUGCCUGCUGACGUGGGGAGGUCACUGGCUCUAUGGAAAACACUGUGAUAACCUGCUCAGGAGGGCAGCCUGUCAGGAAGCCCAGAUGUUUGGCAAUCAGCUCAUUCCGCCUAAUGCACAAGUGAAGAAAGCGACCGUCUUUCUCAAUCCUGCAGCUUGCAAAGGGAAAGCCAGGACACUGUUUGAAAAAAAUGCUGCCCCAAUAUUACACUUGUCUGGCAUGGACGUGACCAUCGUCAAGACGGAUUAUGAGGGACAAGCCAAGAAACUCUUGGAGCUGAUGGAGCAGACAGACGUGGUCAUUGUCGCCGGCGGAGACGGGACACUGCAGGAGGUUGUUACUGGAAUUCUUCGAAGAGUGGAUGAGGCUACCUUCAGUAAGAUUCCCAUUGGAUUUAUCCCACUGGGACAGACCAGUAGUUUGAGUCAGACCCUCUUUGCCAAAAGUGGAAACAAAGUCCAACACAUCACAGAUGCUACCCUCGCCAUUGUGAAAGGGGAGACAGUUCCACUUGAUGUCUUGCAGAUUAAGGGUGAAAAGGAGCAGCCUGUGUUCGCAAUGACCGGCCUUCGGUGGGGGUCCUUCUGGGACGCCGGUGUCAAAGUCAGCAAGUACUGGUAUCUUGGACCUCUAAAAACCAAAGCCGCCCACUUUUUCAGCACUCUUAAGGAGUGGCCGCAGACUCACCAGGCCUCCAUCUCGUACACGGGACCCACACAGAGACCCUCCAGUGAGCCAGAAGAGGCCCCCCCAAGGCCGUCUCUGUACCGGAGGAUUCUGCGGAGGCUGGCGUCCUACUGGGCACAGCCACAGGAUGCCCCCUCCCGAGAGGUGCGCCCCGAGGUCUGGAAGGAGCUGCAGCUGUCCACCAUCGAGCUGUCCAUCACGACGCGGAACCAGCAGCUGGACCUGGCGAGCCCCGAGGACUUCAUGACCAUCUGCAUUGAGCCCGACACAGUCAGCAAAGGAGACUUCAUCACCAUCGGGAGCAAGCGGAUGCGGGACCCCACCCUGUGUCUCGCCGGCACUGAGUGUCUGCAGGCGAGCAAGUGCACACUGCUGCUGCCCCAGGGAGCAGGGGGCUCCUUCAGCAUCGACAGUGAAGAGUAUGAGGCGAUGCCCGUGGAGGUGACGCUGCUCCCCCGGAAGCUGCACUUCUUCUGCGACCCAAGGAAGCGGGAGCAGAUGCUGCGGGGGCCAGUUGAGGAGAGGACGGAGCCAGAGGGGCCCGGGCCAGCCCCAUAGGACAGGCCCCACGGGAACAGGCUGGCUGUCCCCACAGUGUCUGUCAUCAGCCCUCCACACUCCAUGCCUUCAUCUCCUGUGACAGCUGACCCUCCUCAACACUGGCCUCCCCAGCUCCUUCUGGAACAUCUCCCGCUCUGUGGAUGGGAAGGGCCAGGCCUCUGUCAGCACCUGGGAGCCCAGCUUCAAUGGGAAGUGGCCCCAGGCUGCCCAGUCUCCUGGGCUGCCCUCCUUCCCCGACUCCUCCUCUGUCUCUCCCCAAUGCUGCUCUUGGUCAGUGCCCCAUAGUCAGCUCUUGUUUCAGUCAAAACCGUACGUGAGGUGGAUUCCCUCUUCCGCCAUGGCUAAAAUACUGCAAAAUACUAGUUAUUUUUUUUUAAGUAGUGGUUCUUAAAUGUCGGUUUGCAUGAAAACCACCUGGGGUGUGUGUUAAAAGUUGACUUACUUGGGGCCUGCCCCAAACCUAAUAACUCAGUCUGGGGUGGGGCCCAGGACUCUGCAUUUUUAAAAAGUGCACUCCGUCCCCUGUGAUUCUACAAGUACGCCCUCACCCUUACCUGAAGAAACAGUGUUUUAGAGCAGUGGGCCAGAAACAUCUGCUCACCUACCCCCAAAAGUCUUUUGAAGAAUCAGGUAGCCCCUCACGUUUAAGUUGACGUCUGACAUUUUUCAUGGUAAGUUAAAUAGUUGCCGACUAUGUACUUUCUGAUGUUGUGUAAAUAUUGACAUUUUAAAAUAAAGUUGUUGCGCUACUCGUUUAAAUACAUCCGAUGCAGUUUUAACACCGCAGCUAUCUCAUAUCCAUUUGAAAAAAUAGACGAACAAGUUCUUAAAAUAGUUGGAAAGUUUACAUCGGCCUUUCUCCCUGGAUAUGUUUCUUCGCUGCGCUCAGGAGCGUGUUAUCAUAAUGUCAUCUGUCUUUGUGCUUGAAACUAGUUUUUGAUCGCCCUAUCAUCAUCUCACCAACACACUAUAUAAAUGGAAUUUUUUUUAGUUCCCGCUUUAAAUGUUCGUUGAUUACAGAGUACAUUUUUUCCAGUUAUUGGUACACACAUGAUAAAAACAACGUUGAUGUAAAUGUUUGGUGACUAAGCAUUAACAUUUUACUGGAAAUGUUCUUUAUUUCAAUUAGUUCAUUUAUCCAAGAAUACAUUAAUGUUAGUCAUAGCCGCGGUGCCGUGGAUCAUUUUUAUAUGGCCUUUCUCGCCAUGGUCUUGUAACUCCCACCUAAGUGAUUGGGUCCCACAAAAAAAUAUGCAAAUAAGGUAAUUGUGGCCUACCAAGGGGAAUUGGUCAGUUCUGCCGUCCCAUUAGGCUUAAAGAUGAGCCAUCCCAGUGGUGGGAGGAGGGGAUUAUCACCACGACCAAGAAAGAAAAGCCAGGAAUGGAGUGUGUCCUUUGGACCCAGGAUCUCUGCUCUGAGAAGCUCCUAGAUCCAGGAGAGAGAGAGAGCUGUAACUCUAGAGACAGUGAGAAACAGCACCAGCAGAGGCAGCAGACCCAGGAGAUAGGCAUGAGACGGCUAUAGUGACCCUCCCGGCCUACAGAGCAAGAAAGCUGAGGGCCUUCCGGCUGGAGGCUUCCUGGCAGAGCGCAGUGCCUCUGGGCACUUACCGGCAGAGCUAAAAGAGCUUCGUGACACUUGCCUGUGCAGGGUAGAGGUCACAGGGAGGCCUGCCUGCAGGCCCAGCUAAGCUGUCCUGGUCGAAGAGCUGUAUCCUGAGUGUUCCUGAGCCGGAAUUGUAGCCUCUUACUUCCCUAAUAAACCCAUGAUCGUGAGUAUUGUCUGCGAAUUCUGUGUCAUUGCAAUGAAUUACUGAACCCAGCAGAGAAGCGGAGAGUGCCCUGGGAGGGGUGGUUGGUGUCAGAAUUGGUUGAAGACAGUGGGAAGAGGAGGCAUGCCUGACCUCCUCCUAGGAAUCAGCCUCGGGCCGUUGAUCUUGAUUUUUCUUCCUCCUUGUGAAGUUAGAGGAGCUCAGACACCCCCACCUUGCCGUUUUUGUAACAGCAGAGAUGAGGCAGGGCUCAGCAUCCAUCAGAGUCCGUUUUUCAUUCUUACAGAUGUAAGCAGAUGGGUAAGUAAAUGGGAACAGGAAAAAUAAUGUCCUAACACUGCCACUGAGUUCUUUGAGUGCCUUUGGAAUUCCAUUACAGAAGUCACAGUGAUCCAUUGUCAGAAACCCUCCAUGAGGUGGAUUGACACGAUGGCCACAAAAGUGGGCUCAAACAUACCGACGAUCAUGAAGAUGGUGCAGGACUGGGCAAUAUUUCAUUCUGUUACGUACGUGUCGUCACUGUGUUGGAGCCAACUCAAGGGCAGCUGAUAGCAACAACGGUCAACUAAAAACCGGAUUAGGUUCUCUUGUUGAAAGCAAAGAACUGAGAAUGACCUGAUUGGCUAAGGAUUUGUCAUCCAGUCUCAUGGGAUCAUUUACUUUUAAUCCGACCGCGGCCAUUUGCCUUUGCUCAGUGCCUCGAGGUGUUUGCACUCUAAAGGGCAGGGCACGCAGUGAGGCGGGCAAGACGCAGCCUUCUUGGAAAGAGGGAGUAGGAGCAGGGUGAACAGGAGGCGGGAAGUAGAGCUGGCAGCCUUAACCACCAGGCCAGUCUGAAGGCAGUGCCUGUGUCCAUGCUUCUGAAGCCCUCAGAGACUGAAGAGCAGUCCUUUAAAAAACAGUCCAUAGCCCCUAUGAAAAGCCCAGUGAUGAAAUUCACAAAAUAUAGGGCCUUCUCGUUUAGCGUUGUGUUCUUCAGGGGGUGUCCUGAUGGCAGGAGUCCGCACCUGCAGUCAUUCUGCCCAUGGAGGAAGAAGGGUGCUGUGCUAUUGGAAAGUAAGAGCUUCUACUUGACGCAGGAGAACCUGGCGUGUCCUGGUUCUUCAGCAAUGUAAAGACCAGCACAGGAUGUCAGGCUACCUGCCUGGAAAUGGGUUUGUUGAGUGACUCCAAUCCUUCCAUCAGAGCGGGUAUGUAGGGUUGGGGAAGGAGAUCUUACCCAGAUUAAAGUGUUACUCAGUUUUAAAUUAACUACUUGUUUCAAUUUUUUUCUCUUGAUUUAAGCUAUAUCCUGUGAGAACUUGGUUUUCUUAUAUUUUAUUGCCUUGUUCUUCCCGUUCUGUGCCACAUAAGAAAUUUAGCAAUGCAUCAAGGAGAGAGUGAUCUUUGUCAGCCGGAUGUGGACUCUGAGGUGUCCUGAGUCCCUCCUCCUCCUGUUUAGUACAAAACUUUUGGCAGAUUGAUUUCACUCAGAAGCUAAGAUUAUUUCUAUUUAAACACAUAGCAGAUGUUUUCUACUGAAUAGAAUCAAGCUGUCUCUGUUGCCCCACAUCUGAUUUUCAUGCCUUUGUGCACAUGGCUAUAAUUACCACCUGCCAAGACCGUACCUUGUCUCAUGACAGCUCAGCAAGGUAGGCAGCAGUCUGGUCAUGCAGCUUGGGAAGCAGGAACCUGGCUUUGAACACGGGCAGUUUGAUUCCAGAGCCAACAAUGUUAGCGAUUUAUACUGGCUUAAAAUAAAUAGCUCCCCAAAUGGUUAAAAGUGAAAUAAAAGUUUAUGUGUAUUCCAAUACAUAAAGUCUUAAACUAAACUUUGAUAGUAAGAGAUUUAGAGAUUUUCUGGAACAAAAGGGCUUCAGUUUCUGGUGGUUCUUCUCCAGAAGUAGCCUGAGUGGUUGAGGCUGUGUGGCCUUGGCUCACCGAAUGGGAUGUUAUUCGUCACUUUGGUUUCUGUCACCUCGGAGCUUAUCCAGACCAUGUCCACUGGGGGUAGAGGUACCAGCGCUCAGCUUCCUCCAUCCUCACUGUGAGUGGCGUCAGCAUUCGCCAUGUGAGCUUCUCUUGUGGCCGGGACCUUUCCUCCCUACCACAGACCGUGUUUCUUGGACUAGAUAAAGGACUGCCACACGCACAUUCAUGUUAAAAUGUGAACUUUAAUAGUAAAAACUUUUUUUCUGUAAAUAUAGUUAUAUCAACCUUUCUCCACACAGCUUGGUCCAGAUAUAUACAGAUAGGAUAUACAUGGAAGUCAUCAUACCACAGAACAAACCUAACUCAAGAUAUAUUCGCUCUUAGUGUCAGGAUUCAGCCAGCUUUCUUUAGGACUUUAAAAUGAUCACCAUUAAAAACAAAGGGGGGGGG